AUGGCUGAGAAGACACUUCGUGAGUUCGCUGCUCCGUCCGCUGACAAUGUGCCCGUCGGGCCACAGGUUAACCUCGGAGACACUGACUUCGAUCUCAAGAGCAGCCUGAUUACUAUGGCGCAUGCAAGCCUAUUUUGUGGCAGGCCAAAUGAGGACGCAAGUGCUCACUUGCAGCAGUUCCUAGAGAUCUGCAGCACCUACACCAUGAAGGGUGUCAGCCCGGACACCAUUAGGCUGCGUCUGUUCACUUUCUCACUCCUGGGAAAAGUGAAGCAGUGGUUUUACACGAAUCGGGUUGCAGUUAACACAUGGGACAAGUGCUCCACUGCGUUCCUCUCAAAAUUCUUCCUGAUGGGCAAGACAAAUGCCCUCCGCAGGAGAAUAUCAAGCUUCCAGGAGUUUUACAACACGGUCAAAGGGGCCGUUGAUCUCAUCGAGAAGAUAGUGUCGAACAUGAGCUGCAGUGAAGAACAUCUCCAGACCCAUCAGCAUGGCAUGCAUACUGUCAAGGAGACAAAAAUGCUGGCCGCAAAGCUGGACCUCCUGAUGAAGAAGCUAGAUGAUCAGGAGAAGAACAACCCGUAG